AUGCUGGAAAGAGAUCAGUCUUCCAUCGAUAUCAGCAUACCAUAUAUAGAGCACAGGAUCGCGGCAUUCAAGCAGAACCUUGCAAAGUACACGACAAUGAACCAGGAAGAGCUCAUGAAGAGAAGAGACCUAUAUGUUCAAGAAAUAGAGAGUUUACGCGUCGAAAAGGGUCAGGUUACGCAGGAUAUACAGAACGCUCGUCUAAAGGAAAUCUCUUUGGCCAAGUUGCUAGAAGAGGAAAGGCUGGAACGCAAACAAGCUGAAGAGUUGGUGGCCCACAACAAUAGGCAACUCAAAUCAAUGGAAGAAAGGCUUACAGAGAAGGAUAGAGAAUCCAAGCGACUAGAUGCUACAUUAGAGAAUCUUAAGAAAUCGAAAGAAAAGGAGAAAAGAACACUGGAUAAACAGGCAACACAAUUGGCCAGAGAUGUCAUUGACCUGGAACGCAUGUUGGGUCUUGCCAUGCGGGGUGCAGGAAUAACAUGGACUCUGGAGACCCUGAACGAGAGUUCUACAUCGUCAUUGACUUGUCAGGACACGAGUACCAAGGUGUAUAUGGGCGGCCCUAAAAUCACUUCAACAACCCUGUGCGAAGUUGCACGGUGGGUUGAUGGCGGAUUCAAAAUGAUGAAUGAGCACAUUGAAAUAUAG